AUGGACAGGGCGUCGGACCACCCCCUCGAGGGGGGUACUGGAGGCAGGUGGGCGCAGCCAAUGGGCGGGCCCGAGCCGCCCGGCCCGCCCUCCCCUGCCCCCAGUGAGGGCGUGGGGGGCGGGGCCUGCCGGGCCGCGCCGCGACGCCGCGGCCGCAGCGUCCGCCUCUUCACCCGCGCUGAAGCCGGGACUGGACGGAGCGGAGUUGCGCCCAGGACCGCCGACAGUGGGGGUGGCCGGGAGCGGCGCAGCCUCCGGAGGCGGAGGCGGAGGCGGAGGCUCCGGGAGGCGGAGAUGGGUGAGGGCGGCCCCCGGAGCCUCCAACUGACGCGGGACAGGCGCCCCGCGGCGCGGCCGCCGUUCUGCUACCGCGUCGGGGCCUCGGGCUGCCGGCGGUUCCGCCGAUGUCCCAGGCGCCUUGGCGGGCGGCCCGCGGGCUGCGGGAGUGCGGGCGCGGCCGCGAGGGCCGGGACCAGGAAUCGCCUUCAGGCCAGUCUGGUGGACGUUUGUCCGAAGCUGAGGAGGACCGCGUCGCCACUAGAUUUGGCUUCUCAGAAGGGAAGUAUAAGUGAGACAAUUGUCAUUGAUGAUGAAGAGGACAUGGAAACAAAUGGAAGGGAAAAGACAAUUUCUUCUAGUUUUAUUGAAUGGGCACUUCCUGGAAGUAAAAACAGAACCAAAGAUUUGGAUUUCUCCACUUCCAGUCUUUCAAGAAGUAAGACCAAGACUGCAGUAGGACCUUUUAAUCCUGGUAGAAUGAAUGUGGCAGGAGACGUAUUUCAGAACGGAGGAUUUACAGCUCAUCAUAGUCCUGAUUCUUGGAUCUCCCAGUCAGCAUCCUUUCCCCGUAAUCAGAAACAGCCAGGGGUUGAUUCUUUAUCACCAGUGGACUCGCUUCCUAAACAGAUCUUCCAGCCUUCUGCCCAACAGCAACCCACUAAACCAGCUAAAAUCACUUGUGCAAACUGCAAAAAACCUUUACAGAAGGGACAGACAGCUUAUCAGCGAAAAGGAUCAGCUCACCUCUUCUGUUCUACCACCUGCCUCUCUUCCUUCUCUCAUAAGCGUACUCCAAAGAAACGCAAUGUGACAUGUAAAAAAGGUGCACCUGCGAAAAAGGCUACUCUUGUUCCUCAAGGGGAGUCAAGUGAAUCCUUCCAAAAAUUUUGUAGUUCAUCUUCGUCUCCCUAUGAAGAUAACCAGAAUCUUCGAAAAAGAGUUCUGAAUAAAUCAAGAUGUACAAUCUGCAGUAAACUAACAGAGAUUCGGCAUGAAGUCAGCGUUAACAAUGUAACACAUAAGCUGUGCAGUAACCAGUGCUUUAACAAGUACAGGUUGGCCAAUGGUCUAGUGAUGAAUUGCUGUGAGCAGUGUGGGGAGUACCUGCCCAGCAAAGGUGCUGGAAACAAUCUCCUAGUCAUUGAAGGUCAGCAGAUGAGAUUUUGCUGCCAAAGUUGUGCUAACGAAUAUAAACAGAUGAUGGAAACAAACUCAAAAAAAGUGCUAGCAUCAGAAAACAGAAAAAGGAAUGCUGUUAGAGAAGAAAAUGAAAGAGAAUUGUAUGGGUCAUUGAAUAUACUUUUGGAAAAAAUAGAAAGAAUACCAGUGAAAAAGGAAAAGACUUCAGAACUACAAGUUUCAGCAGAAUGUAGCCAAGAUACAUCAUUGGUCCAACAGGAUGUGAAUUUACCUCCUUCUGUGUCAACCAUAGCUGAUAAAUUUCAAGAGCAACUGGAAGAGAAACAAUCAGAAGACUCCAUUAUACCAGCUGUGCUUUCUGCAGAUCCAGGUACAUGGCCCCGAAUUUUGAGUAUUAAAGAAAGGGACACUCUAGUUGAAAAUGAUCCACCUCAAGUGAGAAAUUUUAAUUUUCCAAAGGACAGUACUGGGAGGAAGUUUUCAGAAACUUAUUAUACAAGAAUUCUUCCAAAUGGUGAAAAAACCACUAGAUCCUGGUUACUUUAUUCGAUCUCAAAAGAUUCUGUGUUUUGUCUGUAUUGCAGACUCUUUGGGGAAGGAAAAAAUCAACUAAAGAAUGAGAAUGGGUGCAAAGAUUGGCAGCAUUUAUCACAUAUUCUUAGCAAACAUGAGGAGAGUGAAAUGCACAUCAACAAUAGUGUUAAAUAUUCAAAAUUAAAAUCUGAUUUGAACAAAAGUAAAACUGUGGAACACAGGUUACAGGAGAAAGUGGGAAAGGAGGGCGUGAAGCUGUUGUACACCUUAGACCUGAUCUGACAUGAUGAGGUCGCACACUUAUUCAGACCUGUACCCUGACAGUCGGUGCCUCUGUGCUGAGGCUCCCAGACGGAGUGAUUCAUCAGCUCAUUAGCAAUAAGUAUCAUAGCAAGUAACUAGUAAAGAUGGUUUCUACUCCAAAUUCUAAAGCUAAUUGGAUUUGUAGUGAUUAAUGCCGAUUUCAGUGAAGGCAAUUGUUGAUCUUUUCAGUUUUUCAAUUCACACCUUUUAAAAUGGGCACUUCAGGACUGACAUUUGACUGGUGUGGCUAAUACUCUGAAAGAGGGAGGGAAAGACUUGAAUUUAUCAGUACCAGUCGAACAAGGUACUUAUGUGAACAAGCAUUGUUACUCAGACACAGAACGGGGAUCUGAAACUGCAGCUUUUUGCUAUUAAACCAAAUACUUAUGGUUUAUUUCAUUUGGGCAAAAUGUUAUUUUAUUAUUUGAGCAAAGCAGCAUCAUUUGUUAUGUUAAAUAGAUUAAAGUGGUGAAUUUGUGUUUUAUUGGUUUUGUUUUGUUUUAACUUAAUUUGUAAAUGUUUUAGCUUUUAUUGUCAUGUAAAAACUAUAAGCAUA